CAGCUUGUUUUACCGGGGCUAUUAUCAGCGACUGCGCUGCCGUAGCGUCGACGUCAGCGUCUUGCAGCAAGACUUCUGGCGUUAGUCCCCGGACCCAGGGGGCGUCGUCGUCGUCUUCCUCGGCUUGGCCGCUCUCCUCAGUACGGCAACAACGCAGUGGCGGUGUCCCAGGCAGCAGCAGGCGGUGUGUUGCUGCCGCCUCCUCCUCCUCCUCCUCCUCCUCCUCCUCAGCAGCAGCAGCAGCAGCAGCAGCAGCAGCACCCUCCUCCUCCUCGCCAUCACCCCCCUCCGGCAGCACCUCCUCCUCCUCCUCCUCGGCUCCCACCACUGGCGGUGUGUCUACUGACGAGCUCGUGUCCCCGCGUGCCGAGGCGCAGCUCAGUCGGGCGCAGUACCAGGCCAUCUACGACCGCCUCAUCGACAUCUUCCAGACGCGGCCCCGCGAGGACUGGAAGAAGCUGAUUGUGUUUAGCAAGCAGUGGGAGCAGCAUGCGGGGGGGGUGUUUGACAGGAUCAAGGAGCUGGCUGACGGGGAGGCCAAUGUUGACAAGAAGAUGGCGCUGCGGAAACUGUUCAGGGCGCUGCAGAACGCUAACGAGGAAGUGUCCCGCUACAACCGAGUGCUACUCAAGCUGGCGGAGGCGGCGGAGGAGGAGUGGGAGGCGCUGGUGGCGGCGUACCGGGGGGACAUGCAGAAGCCCUUCUUCGAGCACAUGAAGUGCCUCAUUGUGGCGGCAAAGGACACCCCCGAGCGGCUGGAGCAGCUGCUGCUGGUCAACACCCGGCUGCUGGCGCUGGUGGCCAACCACGAUGCGGUGGCGGCGGACACGGAGAAGCUGGAGGCGGCGGCAGCGGUGUACCGCGACCUUCUCAGCUCGAUCAGCAGUGUGGAGGAGCUGGAUGCGCGCAUGGCGGACCUGGCAGCCGCGGGUAAGAUCGACCCCGCCUUCCUGCAGAUCAGCGCCAAGGCGUACGGCGCCGCUCGGGACACCAACAUGAGCAAGGAGGAGGCCAAAUGGGUGGCGUACAAGCUGUACCGCACGGCUCGCGACCACUUCGACCGGCAGCAACCCGCGGAGAAGCGAAUCAUCGAGUACAUCCUCUCCGUCUCCGACCCCACCGAGCGACGCAACCUGCUGGACAAGGCAGUCACCCCGGGGCCCACUCGCGCCACUGACACACACGACUACCUGUACUCCACUCCACAGCGCCUGUUCCUGUUGCUGGACAACACCCUCCGCGCCUACAACCUGAUGAAGGACGGCGCCGCCAAGAACAUGAACACCCCCGAGGCGGCGGUGCUGCCUCGCAAGGUGCGCGUGAUGAUGGAGCUGAGGGACGAGCUGGUGCGGCGCUACCUUUGAGAGGGGGCGAAGAAAAGGAUUCCCUUUAAGAGGGGAGGGAGGAGGGAGAAGAGGAGGGAGGAGGAGGCGGCGGGGGAAUGAAGGGCUUGUAGGGAGGCGAGGAGAGUGAGGAGGGAAGGGAGGGCUGGUGGGAGGAGGAGGGUGGGUGGAGGUGAAGCUAGGGCGUCUGCGCUGAGGGAUCUCUGGCCUGGGGCUGUGGCAGAGGAGGAGGAGGAGGUGUCUCUGGCAUGCAUGAUGGGGCGCAUUGUGAUGUGGAUAAAGAGGAAACAAUCAACCUACUGUGUGAUAAGGCGUCAUCAUGGGGACGGGGGGCGGUAUUAAGGUAUGCGCAGGCACAGGCGGCGGCUGGCGUGGCAUGGAGCGCCGGUAAGGAGUAGGGCUGUACGGCAGUGCGGGGGCAGGUAUUGUUAAGGAGUCUUGAGGAGGGCUUGCAGCUGCACAUGUGGGCCCUUGCUGUAAUUCGAGGGGUGCGGAGGGGCUGAGUUCCUGGCUUCCAUGGAGGGAUGCCUAAGGACGGAAAGGAAGCUGUGUUUGGGCUGAAGACGAACAUGCUGCAUUCUAUGUGCCUUGUUGGGUGACAGCAGCAACGUGCGUGGGUUUACUCCCCCCCUUGUUUGGCCCGGCGUGCUGCAAUGGUAUAUGCUACGGUAUAUCCCUAGUAAAGAAGCUUUAAGAUCACUACGUAUAACUGAUAUGGAUGCUGCCAUGGAGGUGACUGCUGUAAACUGCCUAUCGCUA